AUGGCGCUGCCCGCGAAGCCACAGUUCUGGACCCGAUUGGGCCUCAACCCAGACAAGUCCACGGCUGCCCUCAACGGCUUCCCGCGCAAGGUCGGCAAGAUCCUUGACCAGCGUCGCGGGACCCGCGAGGCGUACCGGGAGUGCCUCGCGAAGGCUAUCGUCAAUAUGUGGAAGGCCGACGCCAUGCCGCACGACGAGCCCGGCCGCGUCGAGAGAGCCAUGCAG